GAAUAUUUACUUGAAACACAAACCUGAAAUUCAGUUUUUUUUCUUCUUUUUGUUUUCCUCUUUUUUUGUGGUUUUGGUGUCCCAUCUUGAAACCCCAUGCAACCAGACCUUACAAAACCUUCUGGAAGUGCCACUGCUAAGCCAUAGAAAUAUCACCAAUAAUAACAAUAAACUACACAGUAAACAACACAAACAAAGACAAAACCAGUAAGGACAGUAAGCAAGGUCCCACAUUGAUUACUGUAAAAUUGUUUUUGUGAAAUAAUAAAACAUCAAUAGGCGUUGAGAAAAUGUCAACGACAAAAAAAUGAUUCUAACAUCCAUAUAAAGGAGAUAGACUGUUUGCUCCUGCACCACAGAGGGGUUUUUGGGACAGCAUUGUCAUGCUGCGACUAAUGAUGGAUGACUGCUGCUUAAUUACACUGUGAGCCUAUCCGUUAUCUCUGCUUGCCUGAUAAUAAAUGAAGCUUCUCAAUACUGCUCAUAGUGUGUGAAAUAACAACAAUACAUCAUGGUCACUUUGAAAAUUACAACUAUGAUGUGACUUUGGGAGGAUUUCUCUCUCACUGUGAGUCUGGCCUGUAUUGUCAUAUUCUCUUUAUCCUGUGUUUGUGUCCAUUGUUUCCGGAGCAGAUUAUCAUAUUAAUCUGAGGAAGAUUUCUUUAAUCUCUAAUGGCAUCCAAAAUAAAGGAAACAUAAUAACUCUGCUUUCCCUGAAAAAUAAUGCCAGAGGAAAUCUGCUUACUUUGGACUUAUAUGGUGGCAUCCCUCGCCCCCAGGAUAGUAUGGGACGGGAUGUGGGGGUAGAAGCCCUGUGGAGUUCGUCCAUAUGGCACAACAGUUGGCACAUGUAUAUUUUUUUAGGUCUGGUUGGCGCUCUGUGUAAUCUACUGGGUCGGAAAUCAGAGCUUAAUCUCUUCUGAUUUUGCUAACAGAGCAUGUCAAACAUGACUUCUCCUCGCUUACACUUCCAGUGCCCAUAAUGUCACCAUAUUUGAGAGUUGACAUUUAGUCAAGUGUGCAGCCUACAUUGGAUGGAGAGUGUGUGUGGCUUCUGCACCUCCGGAUAGAUUUACUCCCCGACUGACGCGUUGUGUACGGUUGGCUGGUGAAACCGUGAUGCUGACGAGGUCGACGCCGCACGCCCCCCCCGCUGCGGUCGCGUUUCAGUUUACAGAUUUCUGCCUUUGUACGGGAGCUUGAGGGAGGAGGGGGGGGGGGGGUGUUCUUUUAUGCAUCCUGUAUCUGUGCAACUGCACGGGAGUCAAAGUAAACACCACGCAGAGAUCAGAGGAGAAAUGAGACUGGGAGGAGGGGACGGAGGGAAGGAAGGAUGGAGAAAGGGAGGGAGAGAAGGUGAUGGUGGGGGUUAGGCUGUUUGUGUGACACUGGGAGAGAAACAGUCGGAAGGAGAAGGAGGAAGAAGAAAAGAAGAAAGGAUCCUGUGUGUGCGUUUGUUUCACCUCCUAAUCAGUUUUCCUUGGGGACCCAUCAGCAGCAGCAUCAGUGGAGGAAAGUAAGGAGGAAAAGAAACGUCUCCCAUCAUAAAUCCGAACCUCAGACGAGGCUGCUGCAUCUCGACAUCUGUGUGUCGGGCGAUAGGAGCACGGAUCAGCAACCCAACAUGACAGAAAUGGACGCCCCUCUCGCCACUCCGUGCAACAUCCAGAUCUGUGAGGUGACCUGUGACUCUUUCCGCAUCAUGUGGGAUAUGCCUCCAGAGGACACAGCCAGAGCGACGCAUUUCUUCAUCGACCUGAGCCGCAAAGAGAACAGGGAUCCGAACCGCUUCAAACACAGGGAUGUCCCAACCAAACUGGUGGCCAAGGCUGUCCCACUGCCCAUGGCGGUGAGAGGACACUGGUUCCUCAGCCCGCGGACGGAGUACUGCGUCGCCGUCCAGACAGCCGUCAGGCAGUCGGACGGUGACUACCUAGUGUCAGAGUGGAGCCCGGUGGUGGAGUUCUGCACUGGAGACUAUGCCAUGGAACACCUUCAGCAGCUUCUCGACAAGGCCAGCGGUCCUGCAGGACGACUGCUGAGAUUCUCUGUGUUCUAUCGCAACCAGCACCCAGAAUACUUUGACUAUGUCAGGAGGGAAUGUGGGGGACUGAUGCGUCCGGCCAUGAAAGACACCAGCGGGAGUCAUGGCUCUCCAAUCAACGGCAAGCUCCAAGGAGUCUUCUUCAGCUGCAACACAGAGUUUGACACGGGGCUCCCUCCCAAAGACUCUCCGUACGGCCCCCUCAGAUUCCACAUUCCAGCUGGAGUCCUGCUGAACCCAAACACCUGCCUGUACUUCGCAGACUUUUACUGCAUGUACACGGCAUAUCACUACGUGGUGCUGGUGCUGGCGCCUGUCGGCACAGAAGGAGACCACUUCUGUCGCACCCGCCUGCCGAGGUUGGACUUGGCCUCCAACCCCUUUCUGACCUACACUGCCCCCCAGAGUCAGGGGGAGGAGCCUGUGUACUGCCACGCCAGUGACGUGAUCCUGGAGGUGCUUUUCACGGAGCCGGUUCACGUGGAUCAGGGCAGCGUGGAGCAGAUCAGUGGGCACCACCAGCUGAUGAGUCUGACCACAGCAAAUGCCAAGAAAGAUCCAAGCUGCAAAGUGUGCAACAUCAGCGUGGGGCGCUGAGGGAACCCAUGAUAAGUUGAUUUUGAGUCGACAGUUCGAAAAGACCCAGAAUUGGACAAAACAGCUGAGGAAACUAUGGGCUAGUCAGACCGUGGUGGAGAAAUACAUCUCUUGAACUGUGUUAAAGCUGCUUCCCACCCCACCUCCACCCUGAAGUGGAGGAGUUUUUUUAUAUCGACCCCUUGGAUAAUAUGUAUUACAGAGCUCUAUAGCUACUCUUCAGGUGUCUUCAUGUGUUCUCCUGUGUCCACGUUUCUGUUUCGUCAUUUGUUCCGCUGUGAGUUUGAUAUUACUACCUUUCAGAAAUGUGAGUUUCAGAAAAAAAGAACGCUGCACAGAUUAUUUUUGUUGACUUCUCGGGAUUCCCUCUCUGCCAGGAUUUCUGCCACCUAUGACGUAAAGAUACAGACUAACGUGUUGCCCCCUGGCUAAAGAUGCGCAAAAAGCCUUAAAACCAAUUCUUCUACUCAUUGAAGUGUUUCUUUUCCUUUUAGAAAAAUCCUACAACUUUAAUUUGUGGACAUUUAUUCAGUGGGGCGAAACACAAUGUUAAAAUAGAAUUGCUUUUAACACAUCCAUUGGUGGCACAAUCGCUGGUAACCCUGCUGUCAAAUACUUUGUACAACCUUUGUUUGCAAAAAGGACAGUACUCGGUCUCUCCUAGAACAUUUCUGAUAGUGGGAUAUCAUACACAUACGUAGAUCCUUGACCACUGCAUUUUGCGUAACGUCCAUGGAAGAAGGUUGGUUUUGUUUGUGAUAAAACCUUCUUUAUUCCCAAUGACAACCUAUUUUAGUUGGAUUUUCUGUUGUUCAAAUUGUUGAUGAUGCCAUGUACUCUAACAAAGUUUCAUAAGGAAUGCGUAUGCAUGCAUACACAUACACAUUGCACAUAGUGAAUGGAUAUGGAUAAUGUGUCAGUAAGCUUACAUGCACAGGCAGUAACAAUAUGUGAAACAUUGUAGGCCUCAUAAACAGUAGAUUGACUAUGCAGUUAUAUUUAUUUAUUAAAAAUCAUAUCGGUCUCAUUAAAAUAUAUUUAUAUCAAUUGCACAUAUGUCAAAAACCUGUCUGUCGGGAGCGUAAAUUAUCUCUGUAUGCUGCACACUUCAAGAAAGGAAUGAGAGGAAAAUGUUACAAAAAUACACUGUAGUUAUUCUUGCAUCACAAUACCAACAUUUUCAUUUGAAAUUAAGAUGUUAAUUUCAACAAUAAUGCAACUAUUUAUUUACAAAGAACCAAGAAAUGCAUAUCUUAACGGGAAAUUCUGAGGUUAACUUAGAACGGGUGUAUUUUUUGCUGAUUCGUUAUUUGAUUUGUUUAAUUCAGAAUUUUGAUUUUCUAGAUACAAAACAGAGGAAUGAACUGUAAGUGUGCCACAUUUGGUCCUUCAUCUCUGGUCACCCUUGAGUACCGCAAAAAAGUAUCCUAGUUUGGUCCAACGUCAGACUGAGCUGUCACCUCUCUCUGAGAAUGGAGUAGGAGGAAGCAGUCUACGGUAGAGAGGGUCACCCUGGGACUGGCUGGGGGUCUCUCUUCUGGUGCUGACUGAAUUGUAUCCAAUUAGAAAAAAGUGUCUUGCUGGAAUGUUGAAGAAUAUUAAUAUCGAUAAAAAUAAAGUAAUCAAAAUUUGACCAAGUUGAUCCACAAUUGGUUAAUAUGACUGAGUAGACUUUUAUUUGGAUUUUGGGUUUCUCUUAGUUCAUAGUUGUGUGUUUCAAUGACUGUCUCCACAUAUUUCCAGCACAGGUUAAAAACCGAAUGAUACAAAUUCUUCUUUCAAAUCGUUUGAGUACUUUAAUGAAUUUUAUACCAUUUCAGUGUUUUUGUCUGUUUUUCCAAAUGUCUCUGUUUACGUCUUUCAAAGGGAGAGUAGAUAGUUCUCAUGGUAAUGUGACAAUAAGCAUGAAUUAUUAGAAAGUCUAGACAACUUAGAAUAAAUAAAAAUAUACUUUAAAGUUGGGUGUCACGUCACUGAUUUGGUUAAAAACUAUCAUUUCUUGUGAAAUGUUUCUCCCCCACUGAAUAAAUGUCCACUAAAUAACUUAGACUUGACUUCGCCGAGAAUUAUAUUGUGCGAUGAUGCUACAUUGUUUCUAAUGAAUUUUAAGGCUUUUCCACAACUUUACCGACAUCUGUACUUGUUGAAACUCUCUUUGAAUACCUUCAUGUUGUUGUUUCCUCCCUUUAUGACGUUGAUGUUUUUGUCAUUCGCUGCAGUUUGAUGUUCCCGUUUGUCAGAGACUUAAGUUUCAGUCAAAAAAAGUUAAGAAAAACAUACAUAAAUUAUCUUUACAUAA